AUGGUGGAAAGUUUUCUACGUGACGAAGGCCAAGCGAAUACAAGGUGUUCCAUUAAGUAUUUUCCCAAUUUGGUGUUGCGUCAUGGACUCAGAAGGAGAGCCAAGAAGAUGGCUCAGUCCGUUGUUGAGAUCAAAGAAGCUGCCAGCAAAUUCGAUAAGGUUUCCGAAGUUCCAAUUCUACAGAAUAUUGUGGAAAUCAAAGGCUACAUGGUCUUUCACACAAGAAAUUCGAUUUUGAAAGGAAUUAUGGAAGCAUUGCGAAAUAGUGAUGUCAGAAUGAUUGGAGUUUACGGCAUGGCAGGUGUGAUUAAAACUUCACUAGUUAAAGAAGUUGCAAAACGUGCCUUGGAAGCCAAGUUAUUCAAUGAUGCUGUUGAAGUUGCGGUAUCUGCAUCUCCAAACCUUGAAAAGAUUCAACAAGAUAUUGCAGACAGACUUUGUUUAGACUUCCAUGCGAAAGGUGUACAGGGCAGAGCACUUCAAUUAAGGGACAGACUGAAAAAGGAAGAAAACUUCCUCAUAAUUCUAGAUGAUGUCUGGAAGACACUGGACUUACUUGAUACUGGAAUAUGCUUCGAGGAUAAUCAGAAGGGAUGCAAGAUAUUGAUAACUUCAAGAUAUAAAGGUGUGUUAGAAGAUGAUAUGGGUGUGGAUAAGAAUUUCGAAGUUGAACUUGUAUCAGAUAAUGAAGCAUGGAAUUUCUUUUCGAAGAUAGUGGGGGGUAACCUGUUAUUUGAUGAAAACUCUGAUGAGUUCAAACAUUUGGGAACACAAAAGCGUUAA